CGGAUCUAGCUUUACAAAUCCGGAUCCGUGUAUCAGUUUGGCAAUAAUUGGUUAGCAGUUGCCGAAAUCUAACCCGAAGCCAGAACUUUUCGGAAGGAACUAAUUAAAUUUUUCGAAUAGAUGGUGUAACAAUUAUAUUAUAUAGCAAAAUGUAUAAUGAUAGUUUUUUAAUUCUAUUUAUUUCAAUUUUUACUGCUUUUCUCGGAGAAGGGCUAACAUGGUUAAUGGUAUACAGAACAGAGAAAUAUCAAAAACUAAAAGCAGAAGUUGAAAGACAAAGUAAAAGAUUAGAGAAAAAGAAGGAAGUACAUGGGGAUGCUGUAUAUCGACAACAAAGGAAAAAAAUUGAAAGGGAAGAGGAGAAGUUGAAAAAUAAUAACAGAGAUUUAUCUCUAGUAAAAAUGAAAUCAAUGUUUGCUAUUGGAUUUGCAUUUACUGCUUUACUUAGUAUGUUCAAUUCCAUAUUUGAUGGUCGAGUUGUUGCCAAGUUGCCUUUUAUCCCUAUUGGAUGGAUUCAGGGUUUAUCACAUAGAAACUUAAUAGGCGAUGAUUAUAGUGACUGUUCUUUUAUAUUUUUAUACAUUUUAUGCACUAUGUCAAUUCGCCAGAAUAUUCAAAAGCUUUUGGGAUUUGCGCCUUCAAGAACUGCUAAUAAACAGAGUGGAAAUAUUUUUGCACCUUCAGCUCAACCUAUAAAAUAAUUUAAAUAAAGUUAUUGCCACAAUAAAAAAAAAAACAGAUUCCUUUUUC